UGUGUCUGCUAGUUUCCGAGCUGUCCCUGAACGCACCGCCCCGUCGGUCGUUGGAGUAACCUGCUCCGGUUCUGCGUCAACAGCCGCUCCGGUGUGUCGGUGAGCCUCCGUUUGUUUGUUUGUCACCGGCAGGAAACACCGACAGGCUCGGCUCCGGUCCACUCGGAGGUCCGGUUGAGGACGGUCUUCACCUGUCGUCUGUUUGCUGACUCAUCGCUCACCUGGUUUUUCACCGACUGCGAGCCUCCGUCCAUCCUGACCGCCUCUGAAGUCACCACCGCACUAUGAGUGUAUGAUGUCUGAGAGCAGCUGCUAUGGCCUGCAGCAGCGGUCAGACCAAUGCUGAGACUCUGGAGGGCUUCCAUGAGGUGAACCUGGCCUCGCCCACCACACCUGACCUUCAGAAUCAAGCCGAGCAGCGCCCGCCGACCCGCCACAGCACCCCGCCCACCUCUCUGUACCGCACCCACUCCCUCGGAGCGCCUCCGCCCGGCCUCCACACCUCGCUGCGAGCCGACCAGCUCCCCACGCAGCCGGUGUACUCCACGCCGCGGCACAGCCACAAUGGAAGCGUGCCGGGCCAGGAGGCGGAGUCGGCCGAUGGCAACUUCCUGUCCGGAGAGGACGGCGAGGAGUGCAGCGCCCUGAGCGACAGCCUGUCGAGGCUGCGCAGCCCGUCAGUGAUGGAGGUCCGAGAGAAAGGAUACGAGAGACUGAAGGAGGAGCUCGCCAAGGCCCAGAGGGAGCUGCUGUUGAAGGAUGAGGAGUGUGAGAGGUUGUCUAAAGUCAGAGAUCAGCUCGGCCAGGAGCUGGAGGAGCUCACCGCCAGUCUGUUCCAGGAGGCUCACAAAAUGGUUCGAGAGGCGAACGUCAAACAGGCGAACGCCGAGAAACAGCUGAAGGAAGCGCUGGGCAAGAUCGACGUCCUCCAGGCCGAGGUCCAGGCCCUGAAGACGCUCGUGCUCUCCUCCCCGACCUCCCCGCUGGGCGAGCUUCCCUCCACGGGAGGCGUGAAGACUCCGUUCAGGAAGGGCCACAGCCGCAACAAGAGCACCUCGUCCGCCAUCAUGGGGACGCAGCCCGACCCGUCGGCCACGCAGCCAAUCGUACGAGAGUGUAGAGAGGUGGACAGUCAGCUGUUCAGUGACUUCAAGGCGUGGAAGGAGGAGCCGACGCUGGACCGAGGCUGCUGCUUCCUGGAGAGAGUUUACCGCGAGGACAUCUACCCCUGCCUGACCUUCAGCAAGAGCGAGCUCGGCUCGGCCAUCCUGGAGGCGGUGGAGCAGAACACGCUCAGCGUGGAGCCGGUCGGUUUCCAGCCGCUGCCCGUGGUCAAAGCGUCGGCGGUGGAGUGCGGAGGACCAAAAAAAUGUGCCCUGAGUGGUCAGACCAAAACCUGUAAGCACAGAAUCAAGUUCGGAGACUCGUCCAACUAUUACUACGUAUCUCCAUACUGUAGAUACAGAAUCACGGCAGUGUGUAAUUUCUUCACCUACAUUCGCUACAUCCACCAAGGGCUGGUCAAACAGCAGGAUGCGGAGCAGAUCUUCUGGGAGGUGAUGCAGCUCCGCAGAGAAAUGUCCUUCGCUAAGCUCGGCUACUACAAAGACCAGCUGUGACUGACGGACAGCCGCGCCCUCCAAUCACAGCCGACUCUGCAGACCCCCCGAAGCACCGCCCUUUCCCCGGUUCUGGUUUCCCUCCUCUCAUCUGGACCCGCCCCCCUUUUCCUGUGUGUGUGUGUGUGUGUGUGUGUGUGUGUGUGUGUGUGUGAGAAGAGCUGGUUUUCAAUCGUCACUGAAGGACUGUGAUGUCAGAGGUGUAUGCUGAGUUUUCUUUAUGAAACAUGAAACACUCCAAAAAAUGACGACAGCUGACAUAAAAACCUGAAUUUAAACCACCUGAGGAGCUCCGGCUGUUUUCUCUCCCUCUUCGAUAAAUGUGUUAAAAUUAUUCAGAUUCUUUGAUUAUAAAUAAAAAUAAUUUUAUGGACAGACGAUGGAGUAUCGGAGCCGAAAUCUGAGAUUUUUUUCACAAAAUUCGCCCCCCCCCUCGAAAUGAUUAAAUGUUGAUUUAUUAUUUUUUUUAUUUUCACAAAAAUGCAAAUGUAGUUUGCGUAAAAUUUUGACUCCAUUUUUUUAAAAAAUGUGUUAUUUUUCGAAAGUCAG